GGUAUAAUGGAUCGCCAUAUCGAAAUUUCAUUACCCCGAUGAUAAAAAACGUUACUCCAACAAAAAUGGACGGCGGAUCUCAGCUUAGAUAAACGCAUGCGAUCCUACGUGUUGAACCGUUCUUCGAACUAAGCGGCUGCGCCUCGUCGCUUUUGGCAACAAAAACUCAAUUUGAACUUUGAUUUCCAAUCAAUUCAACCACGAGAAGGCUUACAAAUUAUACAUGUAUACCAAGAAACAAUAAAAGAAUUGUAUAAUCUAAUCGGUGAAAAAUGGGAAUUCCGUCAGAAAUGAGGGAAACGUGGGCAAACCGCAAGAAAUCUCUGUUGAUCCCAUCCCCAGUUGAAGAUGAGAAAAUUCUCCGGUCCAGGCAAUGCACUCAAGAAGGAGUGCGUGCCGGAGCAAAAGCUGCUGCAAUUGCAAGCGUUUCCAGCACAGUGCCUACUUUGAUUGUUUGUCGAACGGUACCUUGGGCAAAGGCAAAUCUCAAUUAUACGGCCCAGGCACUCAUUAUAUCUGCUGCAUCAAUUGCAGCGUAUUUCAUAACGGCAGACAAAACAAUCCUGGAAUGUGCAAGGAGAAGUGCACAAUCCUGGAAUGUGCAAGGAGAAGUGCACAAUACGAUAGAUCGUCUUAAGUUGUUCUAUCUCAUCAUGUACUUGGUUGUGCACUCCAUGAUCUGUAUUUUGACAUAAUCUUCUCAAAUUUUGAUGCGAUUUGACUGUAAUCUUUUGAUGGUCAUGUUUAUCAUGUAGUCUCCUCAUUGUUACUGAGAUUUACUUCGUAGUAAUUACAGCACCUAAUGCAUGACUGUGAGAGAAUAUUCUGAGUACAAAAAUAGAGCGUUUCUCGUGCAGACA